AUGGACGAUCUGGGUGUGCACCUCUCCAAGUUUCUCUGUCUGAAGAAUAUCCGGACAUUUCUGGCCGCCUGCUGUGAUACGUUUGGAAUGAGGAAAAGUGAACUUUUUGAGGCGUUUGACCUAUUUGAUGUUCGUGACUUUGGAAAGGUUAUAGAAACAUUAUCUCGGUUAUCCCGAACACCAAUAGCCUUGGCCACAGGAAUCAGGCCGUUCCCCACAGAAGAAAGUGUAAACGAUGAAGACAUCUACAAAGGCCUUCCAGACUUAAUAGAUGAAACCCGUGUGGAGGAUGAAGAAGACCUCUAUGACUGUGUGUACGGGGAGGAUGAAGGCGGAGAAGUCUAUGAAGACUUGAUGAAGGCAGAGGAAGCCCAGCAACCUAAAUCACAAGAAAAUGAUAUACGGAGUUGUUGCCUAGCAGAAAUUAGGCAGACAGAAGAAAAAUACACAGAAACUUUGGAGUCAAUAGAAAAAUAUUUCAUGGCACCAUUGAAAAGAUUUCUGACAGCGACAGAAUUUGAUUCCGUAUUUAUCAACAUUCCUGAUCUUGUAAAAGUUCAUCGGAGCUUAAUGCAAGAGAUUCACGAUUCCAUUGUAAAUAAAGAUGACCAGAACUUGUAUCAAGUUUUUAUUAACUACAAGGAAAGAUUGGUUAUUUAUGGCCAGUACUGCAGUGGAGUGGAGUCAGCCAUCUCUAACCUAGACUACAUCUCUAAGACAAAAGAAGAUGUCAAACUGAAAUUAGAGGAAUGUUCAAAAAGAGCCAAUAAUGGGAAAUUUACUCUGCGUGAUUUGCUGGUAGUUCCUAUGCAGCGUGUGCUGAAGUAUCACCUCCUCCUUCAGGAGCUGGUCAAACACACCCAUGACCCUAUGGAGAAGGCAAACCUGAAGCUAGCUCUGGAUGCAAUGAAGGACUUGGCACAAUAUGUGAAUGAAGUAAAAAGAGAUAAUGAGACCCUUCGUGAAAUUAAGCAGUUUCAGCUAUCUAUAGAGAAUUUGAACCAGCCAGUUUUGCUCUUCGGAAGACCGCAGGGAGAUGGUGAAAUACGAAUAACCACACUGGACAAGCAUACGAAACAAGAAAGGCAUAUCUUCUUAUUCGAUUUGGCAGUGAUUGUCUGCAAAAGGAAAGGUGAUAACUAUGAGAUGAAGGAAAUAAUAGAUCUCCAGCAGUACAAGAUAGCCAACAACCCUACCACUGAUAAAGAGAAUAAAAAGUGGUCUUAUGGCUUCUACCUCAUCCAUACCCAAGGACAAAAUGGGUUAGAAUUUUAUUGCAAAACAAAAGAUUUAAAGAAAAAAUGGCUGGAACAGUUUGAGAUGGCUUUAUCCAACAUAAGGCCAGACUAUGCAGACUCCAAUUCCCAUGAUUUCAAGAUGCACACCUUCACUCGGGUGACAUCCUGCAGGGUCUGCCAGAUGCUCCUGAGGGGAACAUUUUAUCAAGGCUACUUAUGUUUUAAGUGUGGAGCAAAAGCACAUAAAGAAUGUUUGGGAAGAGUAGACAAUUGUGGCAGAGUUAAUUCCAUUGAACAAGGGCCAUUCAAACCACCAGAGAAACGGACCAAUGGACUUCGGAGAGCUUGCAGACCAGUGGAUCCAGGUUUGCCAAAGAUGCAGGUCAUUAGGAACUACACUGGCACCCCGCCCCCAGCGCUUCAUGAAGGACCACCAUUGCAUAUCCAGGCAGGGGACACUGUUGAACUUCUGAGAGGAGAUGCACACAGUGUGUUCUGGCAGGGACGAAACUUAGCUUCAGGAGAGGUUGGAUUUUUCCCAAGUGAUGCUGUCAAACCAUCUCCAUGUGUACCUAAGCCAGUAGAUUAUUCUUGCCAACCCUGGUAUGCUGGCCCAAUGGAAAGACUGCAGGCAGAAACGGAACUUAUUAACAGGGUGAAUAGUACUUACCUUGUAAGGCACAGGACCAAAGAGUCUGGAGAAUAUGCAAUUAGCAUUAAGUACAAUAAUGAAGCAAAACAUAUCAAGAUUUUAACAAGAGAUGGCUUUUUUCACAUUGCAGAAAAUAGAAAAUUUAAAAGCUUAAUGGAACUUGUGGAGUACUACAAGCACCAUUCUCUUAAAGAAGGGUUCAGGACCUUGGAUACAACGCUACAGUUUCCAUACAAGGAGCCAGAACAGUCAGCUGGACAGAGGGGUAAUAGAACAGGCAACAGCUUGUUAAGUCCCAAAGUACUGGGCAUCGCCAUCGCUCGAUAUGAUUUCUGUGCAAGAGAUAUGCGGGAGCUUUCCCUAUUGAAAGGAGACAUGGUGAAGAUUUACACAAAGAUGAGUGCAAAUGGCUGGUGGAGAGGAGAAGUAAAUGGCAGGGUGGGCUGGUUUCCAUCCACAUAUGUGGAAGAAGAUGAGUAAAGUCCAAUCCAGUGUUGACCCUGCACUAAAAUCUCAAAGACAACGUAAAAGAAACCUGCACUGCAUUAUGAGUUAACUGAAGUGUUUAAAAAGCAGCGUUCUUGGCUGUUCAACACCCUCUUUUUUCUCUUCCUAAGUCUUAAUGCUGGAUUUCUAAAGAUGCUGGUGCUGACAGAUUAAUGGCUUGCCUAGAGCAGUGCAAGAAACAGCCUGCCAGUCUGUCAUUGUCAGGAACCAGGGCAAAAUCAACGGCUUUUCUUCCCCCCAAAGAGUCCUACAAACACAUCUAUCGGAUCAGGUUUCUCUUACUUCAUUGAGCCAGAUACCAUGGAUCCAGCCAUUAGAAAACGUUUCUUGCAUAUUUACUUUGUUCUCACAGUUUUUGAUGAUACAAAGAAACAGAAGUUUAAUUUUGCUUUUUCCCAGCAUGAAGAAAAAGUAGAGUCUGCCAUCUGGGAAAGAUCCAGCUUGCUGGAAAGAUCCAGCAUUUCUUGUCUUAAAUUGUUCAACAGGUGACUCACUGUCUGGCAAACACUUUUAUCCCCAGAUGUUACUCAUGAUAAAAUAAAAGAGGCUCAUGCUCAGGUUUGCAUCAUAAGUGAUAAAUUACAGAGAGGGUUUUAAUUAUUCAUUUGAUGUCCUGAUUAUAUUUCCACACUUCUUUAUAAAGAAGAAAAAGAGAAGCACAUGAAAGGAAGUAUCUUUGUAUUAAAGCCUCACAGCUUUUGUGAUUUCAUAGGGUGUUUUGGAAAUGUCAUGCUUGACAAAGGAAUCAUGGCUGGGCAGAUCAUGCUUAGUUUCCAGGAAUCCCAGAGAGGUAGAGGUGUUUACAGAGACAGAUCAAGUUCUGUAAUCUAUCCAUAGGACAUUGCUGUAUAGCUGCAAUAGCUAUUAACGCAAGCCUUUUCCUUCUCUCCAGAAAGACCCAGGGCAUAUUUGCUGAUUUCCACUCUUUUCUUUAAUAGUAGCACAGAAGAGCUUUAUUGAGGAUUUGGGAAGAAAAGCACACUGAGUCUUUCAUUUCUUUCUGAGACAGAUGGAAAGGCACCUGAUUUCUGUGUUCCCCUGGCUCCUCUGUUUUCUCUUCUGAAGCCUUUCCAGCUAUGUCUUAAUCUGUAGGAAGAUCCACCUUCAGCAUGUUUCUUUCUCCAAGCUUUCACUGUGUUCCAUGAGAAGUCUAAGUAUCUUCCCCCUGAGAUGCAUGGAAUCCCUAGUUGAGGCAGACAAGAUACGAACUCAGCCCUUCCAUGGUGGAGUAUUUCUUUGGUAGCAGUAACUGUGUUCUGACAAGAUUCAGAAAAUAGUUCUGCUGAGGGAAAAAAAGAGGUAGUUUUAUCUUAGAAGUGAUCUAGAAGCGUCUCUUGUACCAGAUUUUUUUGGUCACCUCUGACACGAAAGGGCUGAGACAACCUGUUCUCUCCCAUCUCACAGGAGUGCCAGAACCUGUUUGGUGGACACAUCUCCCUGGAAGGGACCCCAUGGGGGCUAGGACUUCUCAUUUAAAUAGACUCAAGACCUUUACCUCAGAAUUAUGUAAACUGUGAUUGUGUUUUAGAACAAGUGAGCUUUUGUAUAUGUGUAAAUGGUCAUGAAAAUGUAUUUUAUAAAAUGUCUGUACAGUUGUCAUGUGCUGGCAAGGUCUACUCUUGGAAUGGAUUCCUACCUAUAAGGUCUUAUCUGUGUCUUGGGAAUGUUUUGUCUGUUAGUGUCAGCAAGUGUUGCUAUGGAGAGUACAGCUUCCCACGGAUUGAAACACUCCUGUGUACAGUAUUGUAGCAUGUAUUGUUUAUUUCAGUCAAUAGACUCCCUGCCUCACAAGGGGUAUGUGGUCUUCCUGUUGCAUUUCACUGGCCUCAGAGUUUCAUAGCAGAGGAUACAAGAGCCUCUUUUCAUGACAUUACCAAUGAUGACUUUGUCUACAUUUAAUACUUUGUAUUGAAGAUUUUAAAUGCCAUGAUCUGUGUAGAUUUCUAAUACCAAAGACAGACAUAAAUGUUUUCCAUAGAUUUUUGUCUUGCCUGUCUGUAGCCCUUGUGUUAUAUGGUGAGUUAGGAUGCCAUUUUACUUUGUAAUAUUUUGUAAAUAUGUCAAUAAAAUAGUUACUACUUGCUUUAAGAGUA